AUGGCAGCGGAUUCCGGCCACCUUCUCAACACUCUUCAACUCUUCUACCUUCUUUUUCUUCUACUGCUUCUUCUUCUUCUUCUUCUUCUUCUUCACUUUCAUCCACUUCUCUAUCAAAUAGUUUCCUUCCCUUCAUCCCAUGGUUUGAGAGUCAAGAGCUAUCUGAUUCAUGGGGCCAACUCUUACUCGGAGGGCCUUUUGGAAGAAGAGGACAGGUGUACCUUCACAAGCUACCAAACUAAGAUGAGGGAGAAUUGGAAAAAUCAACUCAUAUGGCAACCAUUCAUGAACCCACAUGAGACUGGCUUGAGUGGCUUAUCUUAUCACUUACAUGCAAAUGAAGAACUUCACAGAACUCCAUGGAGUACCACUACAGCAACUAGUCCAAUCUUAUCUACUCCUUCUCUAAAGUCCUGUGCUACAAGUCCCAGCAGCAGUUCCAUGUUGGACUUCUCAAACAGUUUGCCAGCAGAAAUAAAGGUUCACAAACUAGACCACUCAAUAUCUGAGUGCAACAGCAUCAUAACAUCUAAUGCAACUUUCAAGAAAGCUAGAACAGAAACCUCCUCCUCCUCUUCCUCUGCACAAUCAACUUUCAAGGUGAGGAAGGAGAAGUUGGGAGAUAGGAUCACUGCUCUACAUCAACUAGUUUCCCCAUUUGGAAAAACUGACACUGCAUCUGUACUCUUAGAAGCUAUUGGCUACAUUAGAUUCCUCCAAAACCAGAUUGAGGCUUUAAGCUCCCCAUACUUGGUCACUGGCCCUGGAAACAUGAAGCAUCAUUCUGGAGUUCAUGGGGAGGCAAAGGAGGACUUGAAGAGCAGAGGACUUUGCCUUGUUCCUAUAUCUUAUACUUUACACUACGGGAGUGAAAAUGGAGCUGAUUAUUGGGCUCCAUCAAGUACUUGAGAAUUAAACACUAUUGUUAAGUGUAUCAUUAUCUUUAAUUAUGUUCAUUUGGCUAGCUCCCUUUGUUAAUUGGCCCUGAUUAUUAAUAUUGUUUAAUGUUUAAUAGAAAUUUAACGUCAAAAUAGUCAUGCUUUCUAAUGUACAAUUCUGUUUAAUCAAUGGAAG